GCGGCACUCGGAGGGAGGCAGCGGGGCGGCGCUGCUGCUUCUGCUGUCCAGCGCUCGGGAGUAGCGGCGCUCUCGGCUCGGGAACAGCCCGUGCGUCGCCCCUCUGACUGAGUUUCGCGCUCUCUGACUUUGAGCUUUUCUUGAACCAGCCCCGCUCUCGCCGCCCGUCCCGCGCUCAACCUCGGAUCCCCCCAAACCCUGGCAAGGAAAAACAUAGGAGGAGAGAAGCAGCAAAAUGAUGCUCCAACACCCAGGUCAGAUAUCUGCUUCAGAGGUUAGUGCAUCUGCAAUCGUUCCAUGCCUGUCUCCUGUAGUAUCUCUGGAAUUUGAAGACUUUCCAAAUCUAAACCCCUUGGUGAAAGAAGAAUUAAGAUGUGCUAUCCAGAAUAAGCGUCUGUCUCACAGGAUGCCCUCUACACUGGACACAGUUAUUGUUUCUGAUAGACCGGGUGAACUGUCUUUCUUUAAAGCAGAGGGUGCACCUGGGGAAGAUGAAAGGAAAAGACGACGAAGGGAAAGAAACAAGAUUGCUGCAGCAAAAUGUCGAAAUAAAAAGAAGGAAAAAACGGAAUGUCUGCAGAAAGAAUCUGAAAAAUUGGAAACCAUCAAUGCAGAACUGAAAGCUCAGAUAGAGGAGCUGAAGAACGAGAAGCAGCACUUGAUCUACAUGCUCAACCUGCACAGGCCCACUUGCAUUGUCCGAGCUCAGAAUGGGAGGACACCAGAGGAUGAAAGAAACCUCUUCAUUCAACAAAUCAAAGAAGGAACCUUACAAGGCUAAGUGACAGUGAUGAGACAGUGUUUGAUACCUUUAGGGCAUGACUUUACAUCUAAAAGCCCCCAAGCCAGAAGCCUCAGAGAAGCUACCUUGGUCUCCUGUUAGUCAAGAGAAGGCAAAGGAGAUGAUAUUUCUAAGGGGAAAAUAGUUUGUUAGCUUAGCUGUUGUUCUCCCUCUUGACAAGAUUCAACUAGGCUGAGGAAAGUCCUCUGCCUUUGCUUCAGGUUUAAGUAUCUGCCAGGCCUUCUAAUUCCUAGAAGCCAUAUUCGUGACAGUUACAGGCAUGCUAACUGCCGCUGGCAUGUGGUAUUUGCACUUGAGUUAUUUCUAGUAGAACACGAGGACUCUCAGUGAUGCACAGAAUACACCCAACGGACAUUUCUCUUCCUUGAGUCGGGUAGAAGAUGUAGAUGCAAGAUUGCUUUGAAUUCUCAAAAGAAAAAAGGAUUGCAUCACCCAGAAGGCUGCUUUCAAUUAAAAAAAAAAGCAUUGCAAUAUAAUGGGAAUUACUACAUAUCUGCAACCUAGUGCAGUGUUCUAAACUAAACAUUGUACUUUUUUGUUUUUAUAGCAACUGUGGAUUUUUUAUGACUCAUUUUGGAGGCAAAUUGUGGGACUAUAUCACAGGCAUCAGUUUCUUGUGAAAAUGCUCACUGAACUAAAUUAGAAUUUACAGAGCAGGAACAUUAUCCCCUUUGGCUUCUUUUUUAAAAGGGGAAAUUCCCUUCGAGAACCCAAGUUAUGUGUCACAUUUACAGUAUUCAAGCUAAUUUUACACAAAGCAAUUUCUUAUCAAGUAUUGAAACUGAAGGUUCUCUUUGAUUAUGGUUCGAUAGAUCUUGGACUCUUGCGAGUCUUUCUCUGGUGCAAUUGGCAUCUUUUACAGAGCAAGAAACUGGUUACUGUCAAUUCACAUACAUUAACUGAUGUUUAUGUGUUGAUUGCAUGUGUAUACAAAACUCCUCAAUUACAGUUUUAUGGUUGUGCUGCACAGACAGAUAAAAAAUGUUGAGCUGAGUAGACUCAACUUCUCCAUAAUUUGAUAGCCACCCUGGGACAUUGUGCCGCUACUGAUCAAAAGUUGGAUUUGCUGAACUCCUCCAUAAGUUGAAGGAUAAGAGAGAACUCCUCAAAGCUAGGUACUGGCAUCCCUUAUGAGCUACUCUUAUUUUAAAAACAAACAUAGUUGUGUUCCUUUAAAUGGAUUGGGGGCAUUGCUGCUAAUCAAACUAAAUUUCCUUGAUGAAUGUUGGUUUGGUUGCUCAUAGACUCCUGCAGAUGAACAGGAUUGCAAGUGGGUUCUUAGGGUAUCCCUGAUCAGGAUACCAUGCACCUAACAUAUCUCUCUCUAGCAGUAUGUGGAGUUAGAAGAUCAGCCAAAGAACUAUGCUUUGUAUAAAUUCAAUUUUCCAUGUAAUGUGGACAUGCUAUACUGGUUUCUUUAAAAUACUAAUUUUAUUGGGAAUUUGGUGAGCAAAAAUUCCACUUUCAAAAACUGGAUCCAAAGCUAUGGCAAAAAGAGGUCAGAAAUGCUUAUAAAAUUCUCUAUCAAUUCAAUCCUAAGCAACCCUGUACCCUUAAUUGAAGUCAGUGGACUUGGAUAGAUCUAACUCUACUAGACUUGCAUUGUAUGUAUGAAUCCUCUUUCAUUUUGUUUCAUUUUAUUAGUUGAAUGAAUAUUUUGCAGGAUUCUUUGCUGUCACUCCACCAGGAAUUGUUCCUUUCAGUAAAUUAUACACUUAAUGGAAAGUUUUCUUAUUACUGCUAUUUAUUUUUGCCAAAGCAGUUACCUAAAUCAUUUGAGAAUCAGCUUGUAAGUGAUAAAAGUAUUUAAACUUCUUAGUAAGGAUUGUUAAAGAAAAACUAUUACUGUAGAUGUUUGAAGCUUCUAGUAUAGUUGCUUCAUUGAGAACUAGACAUGAGCGUGUUUAAGAUUUGGUAUUCUUGUAAAAUCCUAAACUUAUUUAUUCCUAUAAAAUAUCAUUACUAGUUUUCAGCAGAAGAAAAUAAUGGCUCCAGUUCAAGAAGGGUAAGCCAUAGGUGGAAAUAUUAUGUUCUAUUGAUCGAUACUUUGUAUUCUAACAGCAGCAUUCAACCAUACUUUCUGAUCCCCCCCCCCUUUUAAACUGGAGAUGGUAGAGACUCAUCCAGGCAUGCACACUGCCUUUGAGCUAUCAUCCUUUGUCUGUUCCCUACAGGUUUCUGCACACAGAUCCUUCUGGCUAUGGCCCUCUUUUUUCAAGAGUGCUGAACAUUGGGGUAUUUGUUUGUGUGCAUAGGUGAAAUUCCAGAUACCUCUAAUCCUUCCCUUCUUCACAGACCAUGUGUCCUAUAAGGGAUAAUGCCAACCAUUUAUUUAGUGAGAAGGAAUUUGCCUCUCUUGUUUAUGUGUAAACAUCUCUGAACUGGAGCCAUUAUUAGUUAAUUUAUCCUUAUUAUGUCUAAGCUGUAGAGAGAAUAAAUAGUGCAAACAAAAUAAGCUGAAAAUGCAGGUGGUUUGCUGAGUUUUUUUUCUUUCUGAUGUUUAAUACUUUAUCUAUAAACUUCAGUGCUCCAUUUUGACAAACCACUGAUUUAAAGAUGCAAAGCAAUACCAGUCUCUUUGCAGACUAGAUCUGGACAAAUGCACCUUUGUUAAAUAUUAGUAAAACAGUAAAAGAUAAAAGUUUCAAAAUUUAGUUUCUUUUUCAGAUUCUAGUUUUGUCACCAAGCCUUGUAUAAUAACAAACCCCUUCAAAAUCUGAAAUUUCUACCUGAAAGAAUAUAUGAAUUUUAAUUUAGUAAUGAGAAAUUCCAGAAAUUUAACAAAAUUCAGAAGUUUAAUUUUGAAAAUCAGAUUUUGUAUUUAAAUUUAACUCUACCUCUUUCAAACUUGUUUCAGUUUUUUAUGAAGGAUUUUUGAAGUCUGUGGGGCAAAUGGCUAUUUAAAUACACAAUUAAUGAGACAGAUAAAGCAGCUUGCAUGUCAAAAUACUUUAUAGUACAGUUUUU